AUGGCUGUGCAAGGAGCAAAGAAACCACAAUUGUCGAAAAAUGUUCUCGGUUUAAAGUUUAUGCAAAGGACAGUAAUCCGUUUGGAAAAAGAACAAAAUGCUGAUGAAAAUCAAAGAGCCAUUGAUGAUGAACACUGGGUUAUUGCACGGCCAGUAGAAAAGCAAGAAGAAAAUCUUUUUGAGGUGAAUCCAAGCUAUGUUUUUUGUGAAGAACUAAAGUUUGGUCGAAUGUCUUUUCUUGGUUGUAAUCCAGAAAUUGAGAAAUUGAUGAUAGUCAAUGAACUUGAUCAUGCAGAAAAACGGGAAAAUGAAGCUGCUGUCGAUGAUGAAGAAAUGGCAUAUAGAUUUAAAAACAUUGUGGGCUCACAGAAAUUAAAGAAGAAACGGGAUCACAUGGAAAUAUUGAUGGAUUCAGUGCAUGAACACAGUUCGCGCAAGAAAAACAAAAAGAAUGGAUUUAAGACAACAUUUCUUAAACCUGCAGAUGACUAA